UCCCUCCAUUCAUAUUCAUGGCUUCCUUGUUGCAGAGCAUCAAGGCCAGCUCCCUCUGCACCUUUCAUCCCUUGUCUCUCUUGGAGUUUCUCCUUGGUUUCCGAGGAUUCAUUGAACCAACUCCGGAAAAAAAAUAAGCUAGUAGAAAUUGGAGCCAGUUCGGAGACACUCUACUGGGAAGAAUUUAUUUAAAUGCAAGAAGUUAAAGCCAAAUCUGUAUGGAAGGAACAUGAGGUUCCCUUGGAGAUCAUUCAAGAGGAAGAUGGAAGGAGCCAUUUGAAAUUGAGUAGAACUACAGGCUGCAAGACUGGGGCCUGAGGGGUGGCAGUGGAAAACUCUGUUGGGCUGUGAUCUCUCACUGAGAAGUCCCAAGUGCCUUUUCACUUCCUGCAGAAGGAAGGAAGACAAGGAGGAGACCAUGUCCAUAGCCCUGAAGCAAGUGUUCAACAAGGACAAGACCUUCCGGCCCAAGAGGAAAUUUGAACCUGGGACACAGAGGUUUGAGCUGCAUAAACGAGCUCAGGCAUCCCUCAAUUCAGGUGUGGACCUGAGAGCAGCUGUGCAGUUACCCAGCGGAGAGGACCAGAACGACUGGGUGGCUGUGCAUGUGGUAGACUUCUUCAAUCGCAUCAAUCUCAUCUAUGGCACCAUCUGUGAGUUCUGCACUGAGCGGACGUGCCCAGUGAUGUCAGGGGGUCCCAAGUAUGAGUACCGGUGGCAGGAUGACCUCAAGUAUAAGAAACCAACUGCACUGCCAGCUCCCCAGUACAUGAACCUGCUUAUGGAUUGGAUUGAAGUCCAGAUCAACAACGAGGACAUAUUUCCAACAUGUGUUGGUGUUCCCUUCCCAAAGAACUUCCUUCAGAUCUGCAAGAAGAUCCUGUGCCGCCUUUUCCGGGUUUUUGUCCACGUCUACAUUCACCACUUUGACCGGGUCAUUGUGAUGGGUGCAGAGGCUCAUGUCAACACCUGCUACAAACACUUCUAUUACUUCGUCACGGAGAUGAACCUCAUAGACCGCAAGGAGCUGGAGCCCUUGAAAGAGAUGACAACCAGCAUGUGUCACUAGCACUCCACCUCAUCUCCCGGAAGAAAGCAGCACUGUUUCUCCCAGGAGUCCCCAUGGGACAGGAAGUUGGCCCUGUCUGGCUGAAAUAGUCCCGAGCCCCACAAGGACUUCUGAAAGAUGUCUCUACCCACUUCGUGCGCUCUUAACCCUCUCAGUGCUGCUAGCCAGGGCCUGUAUGUGAGCCAGGCAGACCACAGCAUGAAGGACCAGCCUUGACCCCUGCGGCUGAAGACAGUACGGGAGGGGCCCGACUCUUCCUCCCCUGUCAAGCUUGUGCCUGGAUCUGACGCCUAGGCUUUACUGGAAUUCAGGUUUUGAGACUGAGAGCUUUUGUCGUUGCUCUUUUCCACUUAGGUCUUACCAGACUUCUUGACUAACUUCUCUGUCAUUUGUUUUUCUCAGUACCAGUCAAAUUCGGGGAAUGCCGUGUAAUACCACUUUCCUGUGUCACCUCCUAUCCCAGGUCUCCUCGAGUCCCUGCAGUCCCUGUCUCUGGACCUGUGACCUAACCUUGUGUGUGACUUGAUGCUGGGAGGGGCCUGCAGUUCUCCUGACAGCAUCCAUGCCAUUUCCUUCAUAGGCAGUUUCGCCAGGGUCCAUCUGACGGGGUGCAUGAUGUGUGCCCCAGACAGGCCAUUCGCGUGCUAACCAUUGGGAAGUCUGGGGACCAGAAAUAAACUGGCGCAUUCCCAGUUUGCCCUGGUCAGAGUGAAUUCUUAGUAGCCACUGUCAUUUCUAAACUCUCCCCCUCCAGAUAUACUUUCCCAUUUCCCAGAAGAGAGAAAGUUACGAAUGAACAGUGGGACCCUUGAUCCAGAUCAGUGCAGUGCUCUUUGUUGAGAGCUAGUGAGUCCUGGCUAAGCAGACAUAACACCGGGAUUUCGGUGACAAGACGAGACAUGGGCAUUUGGUACAUGGAGACCCAAUACACUUGACUUACUGUAGCCUUUCCAGGUUGACCCCGGAGCUUCUGCAGUCAGCUGGUAUUAUCUCUCGUCACAUUUUCCCUUCCUCUGUUCCCUGUUUUCCCUCCACGUCCUCCCCACCCUCUCUCCAUUAUAUCUCUUCUCUCUCAUCUCUAUUCUCUGCUCUGUCCUCUUUCUCCUCCCUCCCCUCCCCUCUCCUCCCCUCCCCUCUUCUCACUCCCCUCCCCUCUUCUCUCUCGUUCCCCUCUCUCUUUCUGUCUCUCUCGCGCCCAUUGUCCUCCCAUAUCCUGGGUUAUAUGAUGACACAAAUUAACUUCUGUCCAGUGGAUGUGCUGCUGUCACUAAGGUCUUCCUUCUGUCCGUUCAGUUUGUUCCUUCCAGCAGUCAGAAUAACCAUUCCGUGCCAUCUCCUGCCUUUGGAAGCUUUAGUUGCUUUCUCUGAUUCAUUCACGAAACUGUGGUUCUGACAGCUUGACUAAGAAGUACUCACACUUCCCAUGAUAUUUUAAUAAAGCAUCUGUUGGUGGAGGGACGUAGAUAUGAAUGUAUUCUUGCAGUUAGUAACAAAAGAUGACUAAGCUAAUAUGAUGCUAUUUGGUAUAUAUAAUAUGUUAAAGCCAUUUGUGACUGCCACAGAAGCCUGGAAAGCAUGGCAUCUUUGCCUAAUGAUGAAAAGGCUGGCUGUAUGGGCUCAGUGGCGUUCUACACGAGGGAACCACGCAGAACAGCCCUUCCUUCCUGUCUCGUGGAUGAUGUCUUAUGAAACCCAACACUACUACUCCUCUCUACAUAAUUGACUUACUCUGAUCUACAGGGACUUCUUCUUUUCUCCUUAAGCAACUUUUAGAGGCCAAGAUAGGCAAUUUGGCCUAGAAGCAUAUUUGGCUAAGGGUUCAGAGAAACAAAGCCCUGAAUUGCUGGCCUAUGCGAUGCACAGUAACACACUUCACGGGUGUGAGGGAUGGUGGCAGUGAGAAAUGGCAGGCCGUGGCCUUGGGGAGUCUCUGCUGCUUUGUACCUUGAACAACUGCAGGACUCAUGCGGUAACGGGUACUGUGUGUGGCUGCAUUCCAAUAAUCUUAGCCAAAGGGGAAGGCUGACUCUAGACAUUUGGCAUGUAUUUCUAGCUAUUUUCUAUCAAUUGUUUGUAUGUGUGAAAUUUCCAUCCUGCUUAAAAAUCUAAAUAUUUUUUUAACUUCCUAGAAUGAUUUUCCCUGGCCUGUAUUGUCAAUUGCACUAAGUAGCUCUCAGAGGGAAAUCGAGCCAAUUGCUCUUCUUUUUUAAAGUAUGAGGUGUUCAUAUAUCUACAGAACUUUGGCAAAUUCUAAAGGCAGAUCCUCAUGGGCUGUUCCUUUGGCCUGGCCUUAUCUUCUAUAAUCUGUACUGUGAAUGGAAGAUCCUACAGCCCAGGGACAGGGACAGGGACAGGCCUCUUGCUGUCUCCUAGCCUCAUUCUCCCUCCUUUGCAACAUGUAUUCUAACUCUGGGAAAAUUCCCAGUUGAAAGAUUACAUGCACCCUACGUCCUUUAAGUGUAGCAAGUGUUGGCAUAUCACCUCAUUUCUUUCUCACGGUAGAUGCACUCAUUGCUGAAUCAUCAAAAAAAAAAAACACCAAAUUUCAGUCAUCAUAAAGUUUCAAGAUACUUUAUCAUACCCCUCCUAUUAGUAAUGAGAACAUUAUUCUAUCCAUCUUCAGUGUCAUCAACUCCAAGAGCCUGAAAUGGAUAUUUAAAUUCUGUCUCAAAAACUUCUUGGUAGUAGAUUUUCCUUUUCAAAAAAUCUAGGAUAUAAUCAAAAAUCACACAUAGUAUUUAUUUAGUUGUCAUUGCCUUCAUUUCCAUUAAUAGAUUGUUGCUUUCUCUCUCUCCUCUCUCUCUCUCUCUCUCUCUCUCUCUCUCUCUCUCUCUCUCUCUCUCUCUCUCUCUCUCUCUCUGUGUGUGUGUGUGUGUGUGUGUGUAUGUGUCUUUUAUAAUUGGCAUUACUGAAGAACCUAAGCUGGUGUGUCGUAGGAUAUGCCCACAUUCCGGAGGGCUAUAUUCUGCUAAUUUCCUAUUUGUGAGAUUUAGGGUAACAUGUUGAGAGUGAGAAUGUUCGCAGUGAUGAUAUAUCCUCCUUGCAUCAUGUUAGUAAAUGUGAAUGUCUAAUUGAAGGUUAAUCAGUGGCCUUAGGGGUUAUCUGCCCGAGCCAAUUAGGUUCCACAAUUCAUUGCUAAACUCUAAGAUUCAAUACACACACAAUAAUAUUUAUAGACUACAAAGUUCCAAAUAUAUACUUCAUUUCUUAAUGUUUUUGGAGGUCUACCAUGCCUGAUACUAAACCCUUUGCUGUGGAAGGUAAGAUUGUGCAAGGAAUCAGACCUUUCCACUUAAGAUGAAAAGGAGCAGGAAUGUUUCAUUUGCAAACAAUACAUAAGAACGCUGACUCAUGGAUGUGUGUAUGAUCCUACAGCCAGACGCAAAGUGCGCAUGCUCCAUAGUGGGCAUGCACACACAUUUCUUUAGUGACUUCCCAUUCAGACUCAUAGUUUACUCGUUGAGCUCAGCUCAAAUAUAUUAUGAGACAGUGUCUCUUUACAUAGUCUUGGGUAUCCUGGAACUUACUCUGUAGACCUUGAACUCACAGAGAUCCUCCUGCCUCUGCUUCCUGGGGGCUUAGAUUAAACUUUCACAGUAGACUUAGAUUUUAGAUAAAUAACAUAGCCACAAGUCUGGGCACAUUCUGAGAUCACAAGCCAUACAUUUUUUAUCCUAAUAGAUGCUAAUAUCAACCAUCUUAAUAAGAUAUUUAUGAUCUGCCCUCUGGGGUAAAAUUUGAACUUGGUUGUACUGAAGAAACAGAACAUUAGUCCUUCCAGUCCUGUCCCCACGGCCACGCACAAGCACCUCAUACAGCCUGCCUUGCCUCUGGCUUCAGCCAUUGGUGGCAGCAGGAUGGACGCUCCUCAAAUAAUCUUGGAAAGGACAGAUUAAAUUCUGAUCUAGGUUCUUCUGCUUGUUAGACUGUUGAUCUCCUCUUCCUUGAAUGUUUUGUUUCUUUCCUCAGCUAGGAUGAAUACCUCCUUUUGCGGGUAUUCAGGCAUAGAAGUUCUACAGAAACCUCUCGAUGACCCACUGAAACUUCACAGCCGUGGAAACUUUCCAUCCAGCCAGAUAGUCCCUUUGAGCUCCAGCCCUUGUCUCAUGCCCAGUAUUUAGGAAGGGGCCAGAGACUAUGCAGUGACAUCAAGUGCUUAGUGAGAGCUUCAUUUGCAUAUUCAUCAGGUAUCCGAAAUCCAAGCAUCGUCCCAGUUGUUGCAUCCUCUCAGAAGUUUUGCCAUUCUACCACUAAGUGUUUCUGUGGUUGGGCUAGAAACUCCUCCAAAGCUUUCCCUAUGUCUGGGUUAUAGACACCGUACACUGUGAAUCUGAUAAACUAUCUGUGCCUUCUCCAGACCCUGCUGGGUUUUUGCUAGUCCUGGAUAUAAAAGAAAUCUUUGGAUUUUCUUACCUGUUUCAGUUGGCCAUACAAAACUCUAAUUAGGUUAUAUCGGACCAUUCCAAGUUCCUUUUCCUCCUACUUUUAACAUCCUUCAUUGAACACACUAGAUUUGGUUAAGAUUUUCCUUAACUGGAAAACAUUAAGGAAUCUGACUUAUGUCAGUCCACUAUUUACCCAGUCCAUUGCCACUGGUGAAAGCACACCAUUUCCAAUAAUCCCUUAGCCUAAAUGACAAACACACUAAGGAAAAGAAACACAGCAUGCCUUCAAGAAAUGGCAAAGGUCUUCCUUGGAUGAUACUGUCAUUCUGGCUCUGAAGAAACUAGUGAUUCCUGUCUAGAAUUAGCCAAAUAAAGUUUAUUUUGGAAGUAAUGAUUUUUUUUCCUGGUUUUAAAAAUCUUUAGCAAGAAAAACGUUUAUAACAAGCUAUUUUCCUUUGGGUGGGUAUUAAAUGUGGGUAAAAAAAAAUGAUAUGUAAAGAUUUGUGUAACAGAGAAUGAGUCAUUUCUAAUGAAGCGAGCUGUUUACUAGCUUCUAGUGUUCUGCUUUUAAAGUUUUCCUGUCACUUUUUUAAGUACAUCUGAAAAAUGUUAACUAUAUUUUUGUUCCAUUUGUGAUUCAGCUAAGGAUUUUAUUGUAAGAAAGCAGACUAACAUAAUUAAAUCAAUUAGAAGAGCUAGAUAAAUCUAAAGAAUAUUUAUCAAAUUUCUGUGUGAGCCUACGGAUUCAAAUGUCAUGAAUAAAAGCUACAUAGUUGCCUUCUG